AGUUCAGUGGUCAAGCUAGAGGCGAUCGGAGUUAACGGUUGACUACGGCGGUGUCAUGGGCUUUUUAAGCCCAUAAAAGCCCAUGACAGUGCAAUACUGUGUUUACUAUUUUUCAUGUAGAGGUCUGGAGACGAAGGACGAAUUUCGUCUUUCAGGGGGUUUCAUAGGUAGGCUUCCUUGAGAGGCAAAGAAGCUUGGUCCUGUUACUUCCAUGUCAAGGAAACGAAGAAUUGGUGGUAGAGGUUCUCCACUUGUUGAACAUUGCUGUUUUUUGUGUCGAGGUGCACAGUGGUUUAUUGGACAAAGUUUGAUAAAGGAUAUUAUGACCUGAGUAGAAGUUGUUGCCUCUAAAUUUCAGUAGAUUCCUCUGAGAUUGUGAAGAAUUUAUUAUUUCUUUCGGGAAAAUUUCUGGCCAGAAUAUUGUUUUACAAGGUUUUGCUGAGGUUUGGUGAGCUUAGCCAGGGAAAUUUGAGGGGCUUGAGUUUUGCAGAUUUAGAUAAAUCAUUCAUCAGUUUCUCGGAGUGGUGGAGGUUUAGAGAUUGUCUGACAGCCUUGAUAUCUUACUCAGCAAUUCUUAUGCGAAUUUUGUUGGACGGUUAUUUUGGCAAUUAAUUUAUUGUAGACAACUCAGAGUCUGGGGAGUUGUGGGUUUGUAGAUAGUGUGCUGUACAGCUUAUUGUGAAGAUCUGAAGAUCUUUGCAGGAAAGUGCAUAUAAUACCUUUUUCUGUCAUUUUGACCAUCAAUCAAAUGGGGCGAGUUUCUUUAUUACCUGGAUUCCGUUUUCACCCAACUGAUGAGGAGCUUGUUGUCUAUUAUCUGAAGAGAAGAAUUUGUGGCCGCCCGGUUAAACCUGAUGUGAUUGCCGAAGUUGACAUAUACAAGUGCGAGCCCUGGGAUUUGCCUGCCAAAUCUCAUCUGCGGAGUAGAGACUUGGAGAGGUACUUUUUCAGCCCUAAAGACAGAAAAUAUCCUAAUGGUUCGCGGACAAAUCGAGCAACUCGAAAAGGUUACUGGAAGGCCACUGGGAAAGAUCGUGCAAUUUCUUCAAAUUCUCGGAUAGUGGGUAUGAAAAAAACUCUAGUAUUUUACACAGGACGUGCUCCACAUGGAGAAAGGACAAACUGGGUGAUGCAUGAAUAUAGGUUUGAAGACAAGGUUUUACAAAAUUCAAAUGUAAUUCAGGACUCUUUUGCUCUUUGUCGAGUAUUCCAGAAGAGUGGACCAGGUCCAAAGAAUGGGGAGCAAUAUGGGGCUCCAUUUAAAGAGGAAGAGUGGGAUGAUACUAAUGAUGAUGGAGUGGUGUUACUAGCAGGAGAGGAUCCUACUUCAUCCGUCAGACAAUCUUCAAAUAGUGACAGGGAAGCUGACAAGGAGGAUACACUCUCUGAGCAAGCGCCAGAAGAAGAGGGCUCUUUGGUACUCACAGAUGAAGUAUCCGUACCAAUAAAAGGGAUAGAAGAUACCCAAAAAUUUUCAGAGCAAGUUUCUGUUUUUCCAGGAGAUACUCAAGUACCAGAUGAUGCUCUUCAAAGAUAUUUAGUAGCGUGCAUGGUUGAUCCAGAGGGCAAUGGCUUGCACCCAAAUGGCUGCAAUGAUGAUAAGGAUGACAUGAUGCCAAAUGAAAUUUCAACGCAUGCACCUGCAUCAGUGAUGCAGGAGGAGGAGGCAAAUGCAUUUUUUUCUGAACUUGAAGAUAUUAGCUUAAUAAAUAAUGAGAGGAAUGGAAAUGAAGCUUGUUUGAUGGCUCUACAAGGCAUAGAAAGCAAUGAGCAUAGAGAAGAAUCAUUCAUGCUAAAUAUUCAAUCAUCGUCACAUGCUCUUGUUGAAGGGGAUUUCUUAGAGAUGAACGACUUGAUUAAUGACUUCCCAAGUGGACUAGAUUCUGGUUUAGGAAAUUAUAAUGACUCAGAUAUGUACUUUGAUGCUUCAGACAACUUUCACGGUUUGUUUGAUGCCUCAACAUCCUGGAAUGGACUUGAGGAUCUGCCGGAGGGUUUACUGCUUGAUGAGACACUGGUGCCUGAAAGAACUUAUGCUGGGCCUCAUGGGUACGAUAUGCGUCAGGAGGCCUUUGAUAAUAAUGUAGGUUCACAUUCGGCACAAGUUGAAGAUAAUUUAGCCACCCAAUUUUCAACACAAGAGCAAAGGGUGAAUAGAAAUAUGUUUGCCUCUGGAGAGGUAUAUGAUACAUGGAAUUUGGUGCCUGCCACAGGUAAUGAGUAUACUGCACAGAUGCAGCCCAUGAAUGCUUCUAUGCACCAUGAGAAGGGCAAUGAUGAAUCCACAUCUGGUCUAUUGUCAAGAGUUGUAAAUAUGUUGGGGUCCGUUCCAACACUUCCAGCAUCAGCUGCCGAAUAUCCUUCCAAAAAUGGCUCAUUAAGUAAACAUUCAAUACAUGUUAGAGCUGCAAAUGCUCAAAUCACUGCAUUAACAGUGACCUGCACAUGCCCAAAGAGUACAGAAAGCAAGGGAGAGAGUGCAACCAAGGAUUCGCUUUGCAGUUGUUCUUCUGAUGUAGCCUAUGAAAUCAUGCAAGGUUCAUUUAUGGCCAAUGGGCCUGUAAAGGGUACUGCUGGGUUUGAAUCAAAUAAAUCUGAAAUUCCCCAAAGAAACACAGUCAGGAAAUCAAGGAGUGGAUUCCUUUUUGUUUUCUUCUUAGGAGCUUUUUCGGCAUUAAUGUGGAUUCUGAUGAUUGGAGCUACUUUUAAGUUCAGCAGGUCCCUCUGGAGGAAAAUAUUUUCAUAGCAAGAAGCUACUGUUUGGUAAAAGUAAAUCAACAUGAUAUUUGGCAAUAUCGAAAUUUUAGGUGGACAUGAUUUUUGGGCGGUUCAUAUUGUUUUUGGGCACCAAAAUUUAAUUAUAUUUUCCUUUCUCUUCUAAAAUAGGCAUUACAGGAGAGAACUACCUCUAGAUUUUUAUAUGCAAUGUGAAAAUUUUGACGUAGCCUCGCUGAAAGGCUAAGAAGGAUAUUCCGUGUUAAUAUAUUUUGGAAUUUUUGCAAGCACAAGGUAGCGUGCCCAUUUCUGCGAGGAUGAUAGAGUGAGUGGAACUACAUUUUUAUAUUUAAACUACAUGAUAGAGUGAAUGGAACUACAUUUUUAUAUUUAAACUAUUCACAAGCUGGUAUUAGCUUAUAAUUUUUGUCAAAUAGAAGGUUGUCAGUGGCAGUUGUAUCUUGUGCACCAA